AUGGAAGACGGAAUUGCAGUGGUGCAUGUGCCCCGUGUAAAACAGCUGGACUCUUGCUGUUUGAUAGUGGAGAUAGACAGCUUGAAGAUUUUAGUCAACUUUGGCACAGAACACAGCCUGUCCCUGGAAAUAUACUCCAACAUAGAAUGCAUCAAAGACGUCACGCAUAUUCUCUUGUGCUCGAGUGAGAUCACAUCGCUAGGCGGUCUGCUGCAUCUGCAAAAACUGGGCAUCAAUGCGCCGAUAUACGGAACAGUGCCCAUCAAGAUUCUUGGAAGAAUAGAGCUACUAGAGAGAAUCGAAGUGCUGAACAAGUUCCACCUCGCUGACACGUCUGAGCUGCAGCCUGACGAGGCAUUUGAUAGAAUCAUUCCGUUGAAAUACACCCAGACAGUUGAGCUAUCAGAUGAGAUCACAGUGGGCCCUCUAAACAGCGGAAGCUCCAUUGGGGGCGCAAUUUGGAAGAUCCGGAAGAACGAGCAAGAGUGGAUUAUCUGCGACAAGGUAAAUCACAGAAAGAUAGCGCAUUUGGACGGAAUGGACAUAUCAAACAUCUACAAGCCUUCAGGCGUGAUAAUAAACAGCACAACGGUCAACAAGGAGCAGAUGUCUCGGAAAACAAGAGACAAAACACUGAUAGACCACGUGCUAAAAACAGUGGCAAGAGAAGGGAAGGUGUUUAUACCCACGGGAUACUUACAGCUUCUGGAGAUUGUGAUGACUCUGCACAACUACAAGGAAACUCGGGACAUUCCCAUGUCAUUGUACUCGUUCUACGGCAAAAAAUACUUUGACAUGGUAAAGACAAUCCUCGAGUGGACAGGGAGCUCUAUUCUGCACAAAUUUAAUCAGGAAAAAGAAAAUCCAUUCAACCUCCUUAGUUUGACGUUUUAUGAAGAGUGUGCGAGUAGCCAAGUGGAUGGAACUAUUAUCUUUGUGAUCGACAAAUAUGGAAACUCAGGAUUUUCUCCUGUAAUACUUCCCUACAUUGCAGAAAACCCAAACAACCUAGUGCUGAAAGUGAUAGACACUCUGCAGUACAAAGAAGAAGAGUGCAAAAGCGAAAGAUUAGCUACAAACUCUGCAGAGGAAGGAGUAUCAAAAGAUAAAGAUGCUGAAGUAGAAGCAGAGGCAGAAGAAAGCAGUAUAAAAAUAAAAGAUGCAUCCUCUGAAGAAGAAAGUGCAAAAAAAGAGACAGUAUGCACAAUACAGAUAUCUCCUAUCAAAUACUCUCGUCUGUCUAGCAGCGAAAUAGAAACAGAGUACAAAAAAUCAAAGAAAGAGCACGACGAGCACGAAGCGCAGAAAAAAAUAGACAGUCUGGUAAAGCAAAAAAUAGAAGACUCCUCGGAGGAAGAGGAGGACAGGAGCCAAAUAUUCUACAAGUUCUGGCACGAGCUGCAGGAUGAAAUCGAAACAAAAGAAGACCAGAUAACGUACAUGGAGUUUGACAUACGGUGCACAGGAAGCGAGCUGCUCUUCCCAAACCCUGCUAAGAGAAAGCCAACAGACGAGUACGGAGAGCCUCUGUACAUCCAGAAGGAAAAAGAAGUUGAGCAGGAGAUAGAAGUUGAAAUGGAGCCCAAGGAAAUCCAGAAAAAAACUUUCCGAAUAAGCGUGAGAAACGAAGAGACGAUAAAAAUACGCGCAAGAAUAGAAACACUGCUAUUUUCAAAUGAGUGCGACAUUUUCAAUCUGAAAGUUGUUCUGUCGGGGAUGGAUGCAGAAAAGAUAGUGGUGUGUGGAGAGAAUUCGAUGUACAGAAAAAUACUGAAAGAUUACUUCUCCUACACACGAGCCUCUUCUACGGUGCUGGAGCUUUCAGAUAAACAGGAGAUGGCAGGUGUAAGACACACCGUUCCGCUAAAGAUCAGAAACGAUCUGCUGCCGUAUAUAAAAGUGCAGAAGAUUGGAAACAGCCUUAUAGGAUACUUUACAGGGCGAGUAGAGAAGACAGAGAAAGUUGCGUCUUUGGAGAUAGAAGAAGAGCUCCCGAAAAAAGAGAAUAUUUGUAUAGGAACGGUUAAGCUAAGCGAGCUGCGACAGGUGUUCAUAGAUGCAAAAAUAAAAGCUGAUGUUAUAGACGACAGACUCGUGGUGAACGAAGGAAUAAUCAUCUACUUCGAUGGAGAGAAUCUUGUAAUAGAGGGCGAUGUGUCAAAAGAGCUCUACACAGUGAAAAGGCUGCUAUCGCAAAGUGUGGCGUAUCUGAGCACAGAAUAA